AUGGAGACGACCGUUGCCACCAUUGAUUUUGACCCCUUUGAUCAUGGUUCGCCGGAUGAGAAGAAAGCCGUUGGCACCGCAAUUGCCGAGGCCUUUCGUCGUCAAGGAUUCUUGAAACUGGUCAACCACGGAAUUCCCCGCCAUACAAUCGAAGAGCUUUUCCAAUGGGCAUUUCUUCCUUCCCUUUCAACCCUCUUCAACCAGGAAUGUUUUGACCAAGGGGCGGAAGACGAUGAUCUCUACGCCAAUAUCUGGUUGCCCGAAGAUGACCUUCCAGGCUUCCGAAGCUUCAUGGAGGAGUAUUACCGGAUUGCAUACCGAUGCCAGCAGCGCAUUCUGACUGCGCUCGAACUCGGGCUUGAGAUGGCCCCGAAGACCCUCACGAGUCGUCACAGCCGCGCUGAGAAUGAGCUGCGGCUGACACACUAUCCCCUGGUGCCGGUUAAGCAGCUUCGCGGUGGCAACUGCACACGCAUCUCCGAGCAUACGGACUUUGGGACGAUUACCCUGCUGUUCCAAGACGCGGUCGGCGGCCUGGAGAUCGAAGAUCCGCUGCAGCCAGGGCGGUAUCGGCCAAUUGAGUCGACCGCGCUGGAUGAGAUGAUCGUGAACCUUGGGGAUUGUCUACAGCGUUGGACCAACGGCCAACUGCGGUCCACGCGCCAUCGUGUACAUAUUGCGCAAUCCGACCUGAGACGCCGACCCGAACGCCGUCCUUGCGGAGCGCUUCUCCGUCGCCUACUUUGCCAAACCCAAUCGCUCGUGCUCCAUUCAGUCCCUGGCAGCCGAAUGUCCGCCAGGGGAGCAGACGGUGGGCGAGUUUAUGUUGCAGCGAUCAUCCACUACUUAUGGGUAUGCUCAACUUUAGGUUUGCUCAUGCUACAUUAUGGGUUGAAAUAUUAG